GUCCAGUGAUGAUUUCAUAUCGAGUCAUUCACCUGAUUAAAAUGUUGCCAAAACUAGCAACGCUCAAAUUAUCGAACCUUCAUCUUUUACGUAAUAAUAGCAUUUAAAAGUUAUUUAUUUUCAUAUUGUAAUUUCACUUCAGUGACUUUUUGGUGAAAUAAUUACGAAAUGACAAAUGACUUCAUACGUCUUGUACUUUAAAAAAAAUCUUUUAGUAUCAUGUUAUAAAAUAGACAAAAUAUUCUUUCGUUAAUCGAACCGAAUAGUAUUUUUGCUGACAUCGUUUAUUAAUAUCAAUGGAUAAAAAUUUACACUUGCUUUGGAUGCAACGUAAUUUUGUUUGAACAGUUGAGCGAUUUGUUUGAAGACGUAAAUUUGAACCAGAAAACGUAUUCUCUUUUUAAACUGAAAAGAACACAUGUAUUAAUUCAUUUUCACGUGCAGUGCCAUGUGUACAGAAUAGAAGUGUUGUGUGGUGUUUGUGACUUUACAGAAUGGAACAAGAACAGAUCCCAACUAGUGUAUGUGAUUGGCCGUUUUAUUAGGCGGAGCUGUCCGUUCAGGGGGACGAUUUCACGCGUCAGAUAUGGCACAUGUACGCCACAUUUGAAGAAUUCAUCGACACCCAUACGAGUUUCGGCAAGUUUGGAGAGGGUGCCGACAACACUAAACCCGGUGGGAACAUCAAAGCAAAGCGGGAUGAUCAGGCUGGGGCGGAGGCCCGCCCUCGACCACGUACCAGCACCAGCCGACACAGAAGCAGACCGGGGCCCCGACAGGUAAUCGGGGGCAGCGCCCUGGAACUGGCGGUGCCGAGCAGAGAUAUGGCGGUUUCAGCACCCGCAGCUGCAACCACCGAAUUCAACUUCGACACAUCGAAACUGGGCAACUCGAAGGAUGACAUGAGUCUCAUAUACCGUCGCCCACAGCAUCAUCGGUGUCGUUACCGGAGGAGUCGCCGACGGAUGGACAUUGCGAACCCACUCCUCGAAACAAUAAGUGCGAUCCACGAUCCUUGUGAGUCCGACGACCACGAUUUUGGGGAUCCAGGACCGCAGUACUAUGGCAUAAGGGAUCAUCGUCUUCCCGGCUCCCGAUUUUCUUCGGAUGCCGAUAAAGAUUCCAUUGGUUACGCAGGUUCAAAUUCGAUCGACUCUGGUUACAAAAGCUCAUGCCCUACUCCAGAACCAACAGACGCUUUGUUUUACGGCAACGAACCCGGAAGCAAACGCAGUUCUAUCGCUAGUCAAGGCAGUCAACAAAGCCAGAAACCGCGGAUAGCCAUGGGCACCAAAGUCAUGAACAGGCAUUCACAUCCUCAGUAUGCAGGGCGGGAUCUGGACCACCUCAUGUACCUGCGCCAGUCAAUCCUCAGCGCAAUGCAGCGUUACGAGCAGCACGCUGUGAGUUCCUCCCCGAGCCCGGGGUUCAGACCCAGGAGUUCUAGCGCCAGCAGUCCCGGGUACCGUUCCGCCAGUCCGAGUCACAGUCCCGGUCCGAGCUCGGGAGGUCCUGGCUCCAGUCCUCUGCCACAACGGCGCCCCCACAUGACCAGCUGCCCUAGUUCGAGAACGCACAGCCCCUGCUACAGCAGUGCGAGUAACGGAAGUGGGAAGAGUUCCCCAGGCUUCCAUCGCUCGCGUCUCGCCACGGCUGAAGAAGACAUUGACACCCUGCUGUACGGCAGGGUUGAAGACUUCCCCUGCAGCUACGUCACCAUGAUUGAGGACAAAUACAGACGGAGCAGCGUCGCGCGCGUUAAGAAGCUGAGAGAGAAAAAUCGAGGAGGGCUGACAGCUCCCGAAACGUCGUCAAGCAGCGACAGCAGCUGCACCAGUCCCACGGGCCAAAGCGCUCAAUCGGGUCGCUUCUCCGAAGUGGCAAAAUGUAUGCUAGAGAUUAUCGAAGACCUUCAGAAUCAGACUCAGCUUCCAGGACUGGUGCAACCUGGAAGUACCCCAGUGUCUCCCCCAGCACCGGCGCCCUCAGCUCCUGAGCCGGGGGCACACUCUGCCUCCACAUCGUCUUCUAGAGCUCCAGAUAUCGGCACGGAAGCCACGGGACCAACACAGGCGAGCCUAUGGGGAACCGUAGGCCGAGAAAUGUCUGCCAGCCUCGUGCUGAGACCUGGAACGGGGACGGCACCCGGACCAGAAUACCACGUCUACGAAGAAAUAAUGUACGAACUGACAACACGACCUAGGUCGGACCCGGGGCCACCACCCCUUCCCGCUCGACCUGACGGCAUAUUCCGCACCACGACAACGGUGAAGAAAGCCUCCACUUCUCACCAGCCACCACAAUCUCAUCGACCGAAACAACGCAGUAACCUGUAUUCGCUGUUCCGGGAGCCCAGCGCGAGACGUGACAUAUCGCAAUCUCUGGAACAGGAAUUCCGGGGAGCUUCCUCCGGCGCUGGAGGUAUUACACCACUCCCCCAACUUGGGCAACCGAGACGUAUACACAGCACUAGAAAUAACCCUGACAACGAUAGGAUCCUCCAACCAGAAGAGGAGUACGGCUUCCGUGUUGGCAGUUAAAUGUGCAACUCCAAAGGCUUUUUUUAAUGAUGGUGCGUUACAUUUAUUGUUGCAGUUUAUCUGGACUUGACUGAUCGUUCAGUAUUCCAAAACGAAACCACUACGUUUCGGGAUCUGGCUUUGCUACCAUCUUCAGGUGGAAAUGCAUACUCUGCUAGAUCCAACGGAAGGGGCUAAUCUCAAUCUCUGGAUCCAGGGAACCAAAUACGUAGUGGUUUCGUUCUAAAAUACCGAAUAAUGGAUGAAGUCGAGAGAAAUAGCAGUACUGGACUUGAAUACAAGCUACGAAUUUUUUUUUUUCAAAUGACGUUAACAACGACAGAGGUCUAUCCUUGUUAGCCUACUAAUAGUUGUUAAGUCUGAACUCCUAAAUUUAACUUGUUGAUUUUUGGUACUAUACAUUGAAAUAUUCAAACAUUUGCCUGUUCUUUGAAUUGACUUGUCGAAAUAUUAAUUGGAAAUGUACACCAAGGGUGCAAUGAUGGUUUUGGUGUUGUGAUCCAUUCAUUCACAAUUUAAAAAGACAGUGACAUCAUAGUACGAAUCUGCUAGUAAUUAAUACCACCCUUCCAUACCUUGGCAACAUUUGUACACUUGGCGUACUUCAAUACUUGCCCUGCAAAAUGUGGCCAUUGCAGAAUAGUUUCCUUCUUUCUGCUGAAAGGACUUAGAAUCUGAAUAUAUCUUUUUUUUUAAUAAAGGAAUACCUAAUUCGCAGAAAAACUGCCAGGUGGUGAGCAUCUGUUAAUUAAUAAUUUUUAAAUGCAAGCCAUUUUAAGCCACUCAAUGUUCUUUACAAUCCCCGUUCCUCAAACACUUUAAGCUUCUACAUCGUGUUUGAAGGCUAAAUGUUCUUUGUAUAUAAUAGUAUAUUUCUUUGUACUCUCCACCAAAUGUAUUUAAAUUUCAACUAGAAGUUCGAGUAUUAAUAAGACACACACAGAAUAGUUGAAGUCUUCUGAAAGCUGUCAGGAGGGUUUAAAGACUCCAACACGUAUGUUGGUUUCUGAUGUAGAACGCAUAGGAACAAUAACAUUAAUUAAAUUAUCCAUUUCAGUUCUUCAGAUAUGUGCCACAUUCUCAGCUUGAACACACUAUAGCACUGUCCAUAAUGCCUUCGCCCUUUACAGAAAGAGGCCUAAUCCGCAAAUAGCUGUUAGAUUUUCACGGCGUGUUUUUUGCAAUGACAAUACAGACCUCUAAUAUUAAGGCACUCGCUACUGAUCUAUGAGCUGAAAUGUUUAAUGCCUGUUCUCGGAAAAUGUCUGCUACAAGAUAAUGUACAGUAAUUUUGUUCCCACUAAUACUAGAUUGAAUUUUUAUUGCCGGCAUAAGACAUGACAUAGUCAAAAAUGUUAAUACGGUAAUAUUUCUAUUGAAUAAAAUAAAAUUCGUAUAUUGCUGGCAGAAUUACAGAUGUCACCAACAAUAAAAGUGUAGAACCUCCACUUCAUUCUCCUUCAAAAAAAAAAAAAAGAAUUGGCAAAAUGAAAUUCUUUGAAAUUAAGCCAAAGAAUAUAAAUUUCUGCACAUUCAGGUCAUUUUCCUAAUUCACUAAGAACAUUAAUAGUUACAUUUCAAUAACCUAAUGCUAAUAACUGAUACGUAUGCCAGUAAAGAAUAGAUGUCGUAAACUACCGAAUUUUGAAAUUAUAUCUUUGUCAUUCAUACAAAUUAAUAAUAAAAUUAGUCGUGGAAAUACACAUAUAUGUUGAAUUAGAAAUUCAUAGUGUGUAUAUGAAUUGGCAUUUCCAAAAAAAAUGCAUCCAUUAUGAGUGCAGCAGGGUGACGUAAAAUUUUCGUGAAAAUUAUAUGCACCUUAUAUAAAUAAAUACUUAUGUGAGCAUUUUCAAACCCAUAUGAAAUAAAAUCAAUCCAAUCACACAACUUUCAUCAAUUUCUACAAGCAUGAAAUAAAAGAUAUUCUUUGUUUCAUUUAAGUGUAAAAGUCAAAUUCUAGAAAUCAGUAAUCCUGUUGUACACUUUAAAAUUAUAUUGUAUACGAAAGAAUUAGUUUAAAAUCAUGUAUUCUGCAUUAUAAAUAACCUAUCAAGACAUUUAGAAUGUUCAUUUUAUUUAUUCAUUACGAUGUUCUGGGGCAUCUGUCCCAUAGUAAAAGCUGUUCAAUGUUAAACAUAACGAAUAUUUCUUCUAUAUUAAAGACAAUAUUAUACUGACACAAAUAAUAUUCUUUUAUAUUUUUAACAACGUAGUUAAGUGCAAAUGAAAAGUUGUAACAUGUAAGAGUUGCAACCAACAUAACAAAUUUUAUGCGUCAAAAUACAUAUCCUAAAUUGAAACAUCGGCCUGGAAACUGGCUAUCCUAAUUGACGUUCGUAGUUUUACUCAGUCACUCUAGACAAAUGCCAGGAUAGUACUUAAAUUAGACCAUAGCUACUCCCUUCCACAUCCUUAGCAAAUCAUUAUUCACUAACAUUGUCUCACUGAACGCUAUACAGCUUGAGAUACUGAAAGCAUCAUUAAAUACAUUAUAUAAGAAAAAAAAAACGUUACAGCUGUAUCUGCCGAGAGAGGGGUCAAAACAUGUUAAAAAUUAAAUAUUCUAAAUAUAUAUUGAUGUCCGCUGUGGCCGCGCGGUCUGAGGCGUGGGCCAUGUGCCGCUUGGUCGCGGGGACCGUGGGUUCGAAUCCCACUUAAGCCAUGGAUGUUUUUCCGUGUUGUGCUGUCCUGUGUACAGGUAGAGGCCUUGCGACGGGCCGAUCCCCCGUCCAAGGAGUCCUACCGAAUGUCCAUAGAUCAAGCUAACUAAUAAAAAGUUGGGGAUCCGUAAAGGGUACCGGAAAAUGUAGAAACAUUGUUAAACCGGAAAAAGAAUAAGAAAUAUAUAUUGAUAAAUUGAUACAUGAUUCUUAAUAACAUUGAUUUAAAAGAAAUUGGUGAUGCCAUUCCAUGCUCACAUAUAUAGAGAUGAUGAAGUUAUGUCGGGUGUGUUAUCUCGCAUUGUAUUUCAUAAAUUGUGAUUCCAUAUUUGUAAAAAUGUAACUUCAUUGCUGAUGUCUGCCUGAAAAUGGUCAGCGAUGUUCUUCUGGGCUGUGAUGCUGUGUGGACGUGUAGGUAGAUACCAACAUUUACCUGAAAAUUUGGCAUGUACCUAGAAAUCUGCAUGGUGUCACAACCCACAGCUGCACAGCCAUGAAAACCUCAAAUCGAGGCAAUACGUCGUUCCAAAAAGUUGGUAUCUAUAUUCAAGUCUACAUGGUGUUACAAUCCAAGAGACAAACAUUCAUAUCUUCACUGCAGUAAAACCUAAACCCUCAUAUCGACUUAAUUAUUUAAUACAAACAAAGAAGAAUGAAAUAUGUGUGUGUGUGUCCUUCCCAUUGAAACUGCAAUUAUUUACGCAAAAGUGGUUGUGUUUUAUGUACUAAUAAACAAUUUACUGAACUGUUAAUAUACAUUGUAUGUUGAUGAGAAAUGUGAGAGCUUAUCUUUGAUUACUUUGAACAUCAAGGAAUGUGAAGCACAAUAACGACCUCUUAUAUUGCUGUUUAUAUAGAAUCACUGAAACAUUUGAAACUUUCAUCGAUGUACUUAAAACAUGUCUUUGUUCAAUUUCUUUAAUUUAUAUAUAAUUAUAUAUGUUUGAAUUAUUGUUA